CCUUUGGCACUACCUACCUUUGUGUAAGAAACUACCUUUUUUCACGCGUUUGUCGGCUCUGCAACUAACCGACCCGAAGCUCAAACGCCCAAAGGCCCAAUAUCAAAUUGCUGUCUCGUAGAACCGCAAAGUAACAAGCAAGGGCAUUUAUGCCAUUCAUACUCCUUCGUUCCCCUCAGGCUUCAGCUUAAUCCUAUCCUUUGUUCGCAGGUCGGUGCCACUUUCGUUCCCAAUCGUCUAAACCCUAACUAGAGAAUAAAAAUAAUCGAAGGCCUAAACUCUAAUAAUCGUCGAUUCAUUCCGUCAAAUGCUUGAUUAUCUGUAACAAAUUACAAUUUUUUUUUUAUCAAUGACGUCCUCGAAGAAAUACUACAAGGAAAAAAUCGCUCGUCGCAAAGAGGAAAAAGCGGAAGAACCAGAGCAGCCAAAGUACAGAGACAGAGCUAAGGAGAGAAGAGAGGAUCAAAAUCCAGAUUAUGAGCCAACUGAUUUAGGUUCUUUUCAUGCUGUUGCUCCUCCUGGAACCGUUGAUCUUCGGUCAGCCGAUGCUCACAAGAUAUCCAUCGAGAAGAGCAAGUACCUUGGAGGUGAUGUGGAACACACCCAUUUGGUCAAAGGGUUGGAUUAUGCUUUGCUUAACAAAGUGAGGAGCGAGAUUGAUAAGAAGCCUGAUGCUGGAGAAGAUGCUGAUGGAAAGUCGAGAAAAUCAAAGGAAGACCUGCAAUUAUCAUUUCGCACAGCCACUGCAAAGUCAGUGUAUCAAUGGAUAGUGAAGCCUCAAACUGUUAUGAAGACAAAUGAAAUGUUCCUACCAGGUCGGAUGGCAUUUAUUUUUAACAUGGAGGGUGGUUAUUUUAAUGACAUUCCAACUACCUUGCAUAGGAGUAAAGCUGACUGUCCUGUGCCAGAUGAAAUGGUUACUGUCAACGUUGAUGGCUCUGUACUUGAUCGAAUUGCUAAAAUUCUGUCGUAUCUUCGCCUUGGAUCAUCUGGGAAGGUUCUCAAAAAGAAAAAGAAGGAAAGAGAUGCCAAAGGGAAGAUUUUGUCUCUUGGAAAUGAAUAUGAUGAAGAGGACAAGCAGUCAAUGCCUCUUGGUGGAAUGUCUAAUGGUAUAACUGAAAAGGAAAUAUUGCCACCUCCUCCACCCAUUCCGAGGAAAAAUCAACUUGAUUUGAGGGAGAAGCAAGGCCCAACUGUUGCUAGAGUGGAAGAGGAUGACAUAUUUGUGGGGGAUGGUGUUGACUAUGAUAGUCCUGUGAAAGAUAUGAUCCCAAGCCCUCUUUCAGAGGAUAUGGAAGAGUCACCUCGGCAUAAGGAAAGAGUUCCAUAUUUUGCUGAACCUGCUUAUGGUCCAGUUCAACCCUCUGCAGCUCCUCAAGAAUGGCAAGAACUGAAUGGAUAUGAUGCCUUGCAAACGCAGGCCUUAACUGGUGGAUACCAAGGCGAGUGGCAGGACUACCAAUAUGCUGAGCAGUUGGCUUAUUCUGAGCAAUACCUUCAGGCUAACAUGCAAGGUUAUGAAGUACAAGCAGGAUCAAACAUUCCACAGGAUCCACGAUAUAUGACUCAAGAAGAGAAGGAUCGGGGAUUGGGAUCUGUGUUCAAGCGGGAUGACCAAAGGCUUCAACAAUUGAGGGAGAAGGAUGCUCGUGAGAAGGAUCCUAAUUUCAUAUCUGAGAGUUACUCUGAAUGUUAUCCAGGUUAUCAGGAGUACAACCGUGAGAUUGUAGACAGUGAUAACGAAGAUGACUUGUCAAAAAUGGAUAUGGGAGCACGAGCAAAGGGUCGUCUUCAUCGGUGGGACUUUGAAACCGAAGAGGAAUGGGCAACAUACAAUGAGCAGAAGGAAGCAAUGCCAAAAGCUGCUUUCCAGUUUGGUGUGAAGAUGCAAGAUGGAAGGAAGACACGAAAGCAGAACAAGGACCAGAAGCUCAACAAUGAGCUACACAAGAUUAACAAAAUACUUGCAAGAAAGAAGAUGGAGAAAGAUUCAGGUGGUGAAGGUGUACAUAGCCAUGAUGUACAACCCGGAAAGAAGCUUCGGAUAUCAGGUUAAAAAGCUGCGGUUCCUUUCCCAAAAAGGUCAAAGGCUACUAUUUCAAUAACCAGAUGUGACUUGUAAUUUGUAUGGAGAAGGGAGGUCAUUUGCAAAGAGUGCAACUCAUUCACCAUCCAUUCGGAGUGAUGCAAAACGAACAGUCCAUUAGUUUGGAGUGGUAGUCAUUUUAGAACUCUGAGGUGGUUGCUUUGCUGACCAUGGACAAGGUGCUUUGGUACCGUUUGUGCUUUGGCCAUAAUGAUAGUAGGGAAAAGGGAACAAUCGUCCGUCCACCAUUGAGUGGCUAAAAUUCUCUACUUUUUGGUCUGGAGUGGUGAAUCUUAACUUUUAGAAAUGUAUUAACAUUUUAACUAAAUAGAAAAAACGGGCCAGUGUACUACUUUGUUUUCCUUUUAAUCUAUGCAAAUGAAUAGAGAUCAUAACUUUCAUCAAAAUGUUAUCAAAAGAGUUGCAUUAUCUACCUUUUACUUAUUUAUUUUCUUUCUUUUUCAACUCAUUUUAACAGUGAGAGAUGAGUCAUGGGACACUUCCCUCGACGCAAUGCUAACAUUGUUUAAUCUGGAAAUUAUGUCAGACCAGAAACGAUGAAACGAUGUCCUUUAAAUCAAAUUUCAAAGGCAAUUAAUUCUUGUGUGUAAUAGGACACUUUCGGAACUUAAAUAUUCAAACAAAAAAAAAUCAUUUUCCUCAUUUAUCAUAUUUAUGCAUAUGUCAAUAGACCAAUCCGCAGGUUGAGUUACUCAUCUAAGCCCACAGAAUUCAUACAGAUAACCUUCCAUCACCACAGGCAAACUCUGAUUAAUGAGUAGUUAAAUAACCUCACUUGCCUCUAAAUUACCAUCUCCAAAACCAACAAUGCAGUUGUAAAAAACAAAAAAAAAA